AUAAUCAAUAUGGCGUCAUUUGUUGUCCGGUGCUCAUAGCUGCAACAAGUCGCAUCUGUGUGUUACAUAAUAUAGAAUAUAGAUCGUUGUCCGGCAUUUCGCGUUUCAAAAAAAUAAAUUACAUUGUUGUUUGAGAUUUAUGUGAAUUUGAUUUGUGAUCAAUAUAAAACAUUGGAGGAUGCCUAAACGAGGAAAAGAGCCAAGACCAUCAAGUCGUCAUUCUGGUGGUCGUUUUUCACCAUCACCACAACCACCACGGCAAGCUAGAAAUGAUUAUCAAAUAUCAGGAUCUUCACGUUCAACGUGUGAUUCUAGUUCUGGGACAAGAUCACCUCAUACCAAAGAUAAUAACAAAAAAUCUAAUGGAAAUGUACAUCCUGGAAACACUCCCAGACUUAUGAGAGUAGUUAAUAGUCCAAUCAUAUUAACUGAUGAUGAUGAUGAUGAUGGUGUAUAUAAGAAUUUAGAUACUUCUGUGAAUAUAUUUCGAGAAAAUGGAAAUAAAUUGAAACCUGACACAGGCGAAGGUGCAAGUAUUGUGAAACAUUUCGUACCUUCUGCUGAUAGGUAUCACAUGUCACAAAGUGCUCCUGAAAAGCCUGUGUUUAGAGGACCAGAAACUGAUGUAUUGCAUGAUCUCGGAAAUGACAAAUUAAAAAUCAUUAGAGUUCAAAUGAUACGUGCUGACAUUCAGCAAAAUGAUUCGUUUCGUAAAGCUUAUGUAGUUGAAGAUUCAGUAGCUGGUAAUAGAUCAAAAGAUAAAAACCAUCAAAAUUUCGAAGAACGGCAAGUUCAUUUUAAUCAAAAUAAUCAACAAACACAUUAUGAUAAUGAUAAGAAUUAUGGAAUGGCCCAUUCUAUAAGUCCAACCAGGUUAAUGUCUCGUGAUCAAAGUUUAUCUCCACGAGUUAAUAUGAUUCGUCCUCCGUCUCCUCCUUUGCCUUAUUCUCCUGAACGCGAUCAUUUCAAUUCUGACAACAAUAUGUUACGCAGAGAUAGACCAAAGCGCUCUCCAGAAAGAAAUGUUCAUGAUCGUCCACCAAGGACAGAACAUUUUUUGGAACAACUUAAGAUGGAUAAUUUUUCUUCUGGUCCUCCUCCAGAACCUAGAUCACCUGAAAUGCAACGUUUUAGACCGGGUGAUCACAACAGACACCGUUCAAAGGAUGACUCGAUUCAUUAUGACGAACGCUCUAGACGCAGUAGAUCUCCUGUAUAUUUUGACAAUCAUUACCAGUACAACAGAAGUGUAUCGCCCAAUAACCGACCAUUUUCUCCUAAUCAUGAACAACAAUUGCCAACAACCCCACCAUCUUUACGUGAGCUUUCUUCACCUUUGAGAGAUCGUCCACCAUACCCUCCUAAUGAACGUUCUCGAAGGAGACGCACACCACCGUCUAGACGGGAUCGUUCAAGAGAGAGGCGCCGUCGCAUUUCGCCUAGAAGAAGAACACCACCACCAGUCCGUUCACCUUUAAAGCGUAGAGAGAAUGGUAAAAAACGAGGACCUAUCAAAACUCAGGAAGUACGUAAACGAGAAGCCAAAGAAAGAAAAAGACGAUCUCAAUCCAAGCCAAAAUCUGCACCACAACAAGAACAACAGCAACAACAAAAUUCAUUCCAGCAACCUCAACAGCAGCCUAUCUAUCCACCACCACCACCACCACCACCUGGAGUAGUUCGAAUGCCACCAAGACCUUACCCUCCAGGGCCAAUGAUGAUUCCACUACGACCCCCUCCCUUUCCACCACCAAUGGGAGCAUGGAGGCCUCCACGUCCACCAAUGCAAGCACCACCUUCUGGUUGGCCAUAUCCACGCCCAAGGCCAUUCUACUUCCCCUACUAAAUGGAGUGACUACGAAUAUUUAGAUUUUAAUAUUCCUUUAAGUGUGUGUAUUUCAAACAGUUUUGAGUUAGAUGAUAAAAACAAUUCCCAGAUAAUUAAUGUUUUAUCAAUACUUAAAAAUCAUACUAUUUAUAGGUAAUCAUAAUAACUAAGUUUUUACCUUACAUAUACUCAAUAUUUAUUUAAACUUUUA